AGAGUCUAGUUGUGAAGAGUAAGAAGCUGACAAAAAAAUUCAUCCAUAGACUGAUUUUACGCUGCCACGGGAAAGAGUCCCAGUAAAGCAGAGAGAGAUGUUGCAGAAGAGGAUGCUCACUGGCUUCCUCAUCAUCAUCACUGUCAGUGUUCUACUGUACUAUGGGAGCCACUUAGACUGUACCAUGAAGGCCCACCUUGGUUGUCCAGCCCUCUUCUCUCACCCUUCCCUGGCCCUGAAACCUAAGCCUAAGCACACCAAUGUGGUCUUCCUCAAGACUCACAAAACGGCCAGCAGCACCAUCCAGAACCUGCUGUUCCGUUUUGCAGAGCGCAACAACCUGACAGUGGCAUUGCCUGUGCAGGCCUGCAAUCACCAGUUCUGCUACCCAUAUUCCUUCACCUCUCGUUUUGUCCAUGCUCACACACUGCCGCCAAACAUCGUCACCAACCACAUGCGCUUCAAUAAGCCUGAGCUGCAACACCUGAUGCCAAAUGACACAAUAUAUUUCACAAUUCUGAGAGAGCCUGGCUCCAUGUUUGAAUCUUUGUUCACUUACUACAACCGGCACUGCGAGACCUUUCAGAGAGUCCCUAAUGGUUCCCUGGAAGCUUUCCUAGAGGAACCCUUGCGUUAUUACAAGGCAAAAGAGGGCUACUCCAUGUAUGCACACAACACCUUGACCUUCGACUUGGGUGGAGACAAGGAUUGUCCAGCAACGAAUGUGACGUAUGCACAAGCCUUUGUUGCAGAGGUGGAGAGAGUAUUCUCCCUGGUGAUGAUUGCUGAGUACUUUGAUGAAUCACUGGUUCUCCUUCGCCAUCUCCUCUCCUGGGAUCUGGAUGACAUGGUGUACUUUAAGCUCAACAUGCGGACACAGAAUUCCAAGAAGAGCCUGACUCCUAGUCUUCACUCAAAGAUCCGUGCCUGGAAUUUUUUAGAUGCACAACUGUAUGACCACUUUAAUGCCUCAUUGUGGCGCAAAUUGUCAGCUAUUGGCUCUGUUCAUGUGGAAAGGGAGGUGCAACUCCUUCGGCAGGCUCAGGAGAAAUUAAUGAGAAGCUGUUUCGGAGACAGGAAGCCACUACUCCGUUCAGCAGCCGAGAUCAAAAACAAGGAUCUGCGCCCCUGGAAACCAAAAGGAAACGUUGAUGUAGUGGGUUAUGACCUCCCAAUGAAUCUCAGCCAUGGGUUCUCAAGCCAGGCUCAGGAGCUCUGCCUCAAACUCAUCAUGCCAGAGGUUCGGUACACACAGCUGCUCCUACACUCACAGUCACUGCGCUACUGUCAAAGCCAUCAGCAGCAGUUCAAUACGUCCCAGCAGCCCAUAUGCACAGUCCUGCCUCAGCAUCCUCAAGUUCACCACAGGCAACCACCCUCUGCAGCUCCAGGCUCUGGCUCAGGCACAGGGUCCACCUCCACCUCAAAGCCUGCGGCAAGGCCAGUUGAGAAAAAAAGAGUCUAAAUCCUCACAAAGCCAGGCCUGAUAGGCCAAGAAACAAAAUCUGAGAGCCCAACAGACUGCUUUGUUCUACCCAUGACAAAAUUAAGCUUGACUGGUGGGUGGUCCUUGGCAAAUUGUCUGUGUUGUUCAUGAACCAGUGUCUCUUCUCUUCGUCCCAGACUAUGUUUGGGAGAAGAAUUAAUAAGAAUAUAGGGUUCGACAUAUCUGGAGUUGAACCUGAAUUCCCCUUUUCUUUUCUGUAAAGCAGCACCAGAAAAACUGGGACUAAACUAUAAUUCAGCUCAAUUGCACACAUGUGCACGCCUGAUGGUGAAAGUAGUUCUUUGAAGCAAAUCUUAUGUGUGAUUUAGACUCAAUAGGGAAGUGGCAAUAGCAGACCUAUUGUAAGGCACAGGGUGUGCUUUGUACAGUAUGUAUCACACUCAUAUUACUGGCAUUUAUUCUUUGUUUCUCAAGCUCUCAUUUGCUCUCUCUCUUUAACAUAUGCCAUUUAAAGUAAUCUGCUGCAAUCUGCUGUCAGUCCUCCAAAGAGGCCUGAUGGACACUGAGAUCACCUCCAACCAAGAUUUGACAGCACAAAAACAACUCUUCUUGUUUCGCAAAUUCUACCGCCUAAACGAACAGAGGGAGUAAAAAGCCAGAUAAACAGAGAAACAAAAUUACCUUAUCUGGAGGGCAAGCCUAAAAGCUGCCGGAUAACUUGGUCACCCAUUGUUAUUAUGACUCACACAAAAUGUGAGCCCAUGUCUCCUCAGCUUUUGACUACCAUGACUUCUUCUUAGUAUCCUUCUCUCUAUUUUCCACUGUCAUUCCUGUCGUUACGCUCUGGUCAGGCUCUCUAUCCAUACAGAAGCACUAGCAGCUUGCAUUUUCUUGUGCCGCCCUCCCUCGGACCACAAGAGGAGAUCACAUCUUGUAUCAGAGAGAAUUUAUGUCAAAGGUUUCUGGCUGUGUGGAUUUAUUUAAUCUCAUACGAAAGGUAUGAAUUUAAUGGCCUACCAACAACCCCACGCAAAUACACACUGGCAAAAAACAAAAACAUAAAACAACUUGACAGGACAAAGAUUUGAGUUGGGUCGCAGUGUUCGAAUAUUUAAUCGUCUCCUCUCACAGGCUUCCUAUGGCCCGCAUUCUAGGAUGAAAUCUGCUCAUUUUGGACCCUGAAGCACAGGAGGACAAAGCGAGAACGUAGGACACUUAAGCCUCAUGAGGCCGGGAUCUUAAAAUGUCACCACUUAUCUCAGCUGUGAUCCAUUUUUAAUGCAUUCUGCACAUAUUUAAUAUGUCGUUUAUAUUCUUUGAUUCCUCCAGUGAUCUGCAGGAUCUGGAGGACUGAGGAACAAUGUCUGUGCGCAUUUGUGAGAAAGUGUGAGAGUAUGUUUGUGAGCCAUGAAGUAGUUCUCUCUGCUUCAUGUUGGAUGUUUUUUUUUUUUUUUUUUUCAAUUUUCAGCCAAGUUGGCAUGGCAACAAAAGGAAAUAUUGUGUGUGUUGCUGUAUCUUCAACCUUUAUUUUUUAUGAAUCACUUGUUGGGUUUUAA